AUGAAGUUUUCUCUUUCGAGCGCCCUCAUCGCCCUCGUCCUCUCCGGCUCUGCACUUGCCAACGGUUUCGAGGCUCGCGAGCCCCGUUAUCAACAACACCAACAACAGCAGGUCCGCACCGUGACGAUCCACGACACCGUUGUCCGAACAGCCACUGCUACUGUCACCGUGACCGCUGCAGGUGCACAGUGCACACUCGGAGGUGCCCCAGCCGCCAUCACCACCAGCCCAGCUAACAACAACAAUAACAACGGCGGAGUGCAGCAAAACCAGAACAAUCAAGGAAAUCUGGGUGGCGGCAACGUCUCUGUACGUCCCACGACGUCCCGCGCGGCAAAUGUUGCCGAUGCUCCCACGCAAACGACGACCCGGACUACGCCAAAGGGUAACCAUUUCGGCCACCAUAACAAUCAUAACGGUCAACAACAACAACACAAUUCGGCCAAUGGCGGCAACAAUGCCAAUACCGGAAACGGCCAGGGGCAAACGUCGACUCCCCCGCCACCAGCGGCUACCUCGACGACGGCUGCUAGUGUUGCAGAUGUUGGAUCGGGUGGUACGCGUGGUGGGAAUGGUGUUGCGACUGUCACCGAUAUCGUGACUUCGACUGCCUUUUUCACGACCACCGUCGACCCACCACAGUCGACUACGACGGCCGACGCCGGCAUCGCCAACAAUGGCGGUAAUGGUGGCAAUAACAACAACGGUGGCAACAAUGGUCAGAAUGGCCAGAAUGGUGGUCAGAAUAACGGUGGCCAGAACAACGGUGGAAACAACGGUGGCCAGAAUGGUGGCAACAAUGGUCAGAAUGGUGGCAAUAACGGUCAGAAUGGUGACCAGAAUAACGGUGGAAACAACGGUGGCAACAACGGUGGCCAGAACAAUGGAAACAACGGUGGCCAGAACAACGGAAACAACGGUCAAAAUGGUGGAAAUAAUGGCCAGAACAACGGAAACAACGGUGGAAAUGGAGGCCAGAACAACGGUCAAAAUGGAGGCCAGAAUAACGGAGGAAACAACGGUGGAAAUGGAGGAAACAACGGAAACAACGGAAAUAAUGGCGGACAGAACAACGGAGGAAACAACGGGAACAACGGAGGAAACAAUGGGAACAACGGUGGCAACAACAACCAAGAUCCCCAGACCUCGUUGACUCUCGACCCGCGCGUGAUCAUGCCCGGUCUCGCAAAGGACGGUCAAGAAACGCCCACUCCCGGUCAAGUCAGGUCGUUGACGAGCACGAACAAUUUCAUCAACUUUUGCCUCACUCAAAACGUUCCGUUGACCGAUGGCAAGCAAAUUCGUGAAGGCUCGUGCAACGUCGUUCCAAUGGGCCGUAUCAUUGCCAAGGACAAGCUCCCCUCUGCCAAAUUCGUCUUCCCACGCAACUUUUCCAAGAUUCCCGCCAAUCAGCCGUUCACCGCCAAGCUCAAGAUUCGCAACCUGCAAGCGGGUGCGUUUACGAAUGCGCAGGCCAACUAUUACGCUGCGCCGGCCGAGGUGAACAACCAGGGCAUCUUGAUCGGACACUCGCACUUGGUCAUUGAGCCCAUCAAGUCGCUCGACGAUACCGACCCAACGGAUCCAACCAAGUUUGCGUUUUUCAAGGGCUUGAAUGCGCCGCUCGACGGCGAGAGCACGCUCUCGACUACGUUGGACAAGGGUCUCCCUCCGGGUGUCUACCGCAUGUUCAGCAUCAACACGGCUGCUAACCAUCAACCUGCGCUCGGUUCAAUUGCGCAACACGGUAGCUUUGACGAUGGAGUCUAUUUUACGGCCGAAUAA